GGUAAGCGCCCAGACUGUCAUGGAGACGCACCCAUCUUACCCCGCUAUCGCUGCGUAUGUCAGCAAGUACCCUCGGUUUGCGGACAGCCUCUUCCAGGCGUACAACGAUAUCCUGUACAGCCAGAAGUGGAAGGACGUAGAGGUUCUUGAUUUGGAAGCGUGUUCUCGCGGGGCCAUUCGCGGGCGUGACGCUACGGACAGGCAGAUGCAUGUCGUACCCUGCUCGCUCGCUGAUACUAUCUCCUUCGCAUGGCUACAAAGCGCCUUCCCCCAGCUAGGGAAUCCGCCAGAGAUAUACCUCGCAAUCACAGCAACAGACGCCUCAAUUGUGUACUACAAGAUCAGUACAGGAAUCGUCAAGCCUCCGUUAUAG